AUGAGCUCCUCGAACCAGCACGAUGGGGAUAGCUUUGGUAGAUUUCUGCUUCAUGCUGAACAAAUUACCCGCGAAGCCCGCUUCGUCUUAGAUUCAAUCCCAAACGUGGAGUUUUUUGCAGUCGAGAGAUCAUUGCGUCAUCUGCGUGCUGCCAAGCAGGUUCUAACUGAGACGGAAGACAUCUGGCUUGUUGGAGAAGAACGAACUGGGCUGGUCAACCUAGUGGAUAGUCUUAUCAACCCUCUCGCUGAGUUUCUGGCCGCUCCUCCGCCCGCAUCGAAUGCUGGAGUCCCUGUCGCAGCCUCCGGUGGUCGAGGCCGUCCUCGAUUUGUUCUCGAUCUAGAGCGAGCAAUCGACUUGCACAAUCUGGGAAAUACUUGGGAGGAUGUUGCCACUGCCAUGGGUGUUGCUCGGAUUACGCUGUAUCGCCACUUGGAUGAAGCUGGACUUUCGACACAUCGCCCUCUUCACUCGAGCGUUGCAGACUCACAACUCGACGAGCUAAUUGCUGAAUUUUCGCUUCAGCAUCCGUUCUCGGGUGCCCAGAUCGCUCUUGGCCAUCUUGAAGCACAGGGUAUUCACUUACCUAUUGAACGUGUGCGAGAGAGCCUUGGGCGUGUCGAUCCGGUUGGAACCUUCAUACGAUGGCACAAGACGGUCAAACGGCGUGUUUAUCGCAUUCAUGGCUGUAUCGAUGGCUUCUCUCGGCUCUUCAUUUAUCUCAUGUGCUGCAAUAACAAAAGGUCUGCAACUGUAGAGGCAAUCUUUCGCCGGGCUGUAGACCAGUUUGGGUGGCCAAGUCGGGCGAGGGGUGACUUUGGAACGGAAAACAAUGGGGUGGAAAGGCAGAUGAUUGGACAUUGGGGUCAGACACACAUGGCAUAUCUUCGAGGACGAUCGCUGCAAAAUAUCCGUAUUGAACGCAGUUGGCGGGACAUUCGCAAGGAUGCCCUGCAAUACUUUCGUGAGAUUUUUCAACAUUUGGAAGAAAGUCAUCUUCUCGAUAUGGAAAACGCCAUCGAACGAGUCUGUCUAUUCCUCGUUUAUCAACCUCGAAUCCAGGCAGCCCUCGACAGGGCACGAAAUGCAUGGAACCACCACAAAAUCCGCACCGAACGCAACAAGACACCAAUUGCCAUCUAUGAACUCAGUCGGGAAAAAGCCAUUCGUCUUGGCUAUUGGACUGGUGACCCUGGAGACAAUAUUGGUGAGGUUUCUGCUGAUUAUGGGGUGGAUGGUGAUGGUCCCCAACCUCCGUUGGAUGAAUUGGCCUCCGAUCCCAUUGCUGCUGAUUACACAGAACAUACCUCAUCUGAGGCUGAACAAGCUGCUGGUAUUUUUGUGAAUGACUCUUCUGAGGUUGAUGAGAUGAGGAAGACUCUAGGAGAUUUUGACUUGGGAGCAGAGGAUGGAAAUCAUGGCAUGGAUGUCUAUUGUCAGGCUGUUCUAUUAGCCACUUCAUUUAGUGGUCUGCUGGCUUUGGCUUCAGGCCAAAAAGCCAUGGCUUUUUGGCUUUGGUACCAGGGCCAAAGCCAAGCCAGAAAUCUUGGCCUGUGUUGGAUUUGGCCUGGCUCAAGGGUUUAG